AUGUCUGUAUUUCAACCUAGAGGCAGAGGAAGAGGCCAAGGCGGGGGUGAUCGCGGCAGAGGUGGUGGUGGCCGAGGUGGUGGGAGAGGUGGUGGUGGCCGAGGUGGUGGGAGAGGAGGCUUUCAGACGGUGCCGGCCGAGGUGUUCGGCGAUGGAAAAUUUCCUCCUCCAAAUCAAAAUGUCACGAAGACUGAAGACAGCUACAUGGCUCAGAAGCCGACGCUUACUGGUAGCAUGGCUGGCAUGUCCGUCACAGCAGAUUUCCCAGCGAGGCCAGCAUAUGGUACAAGGGGGAAGCCGGUUGUACUGUGGGCAAACUAUUUUGAGCUUGCAGCGGCGAAGAACCUGGUAAUUUAUCGGUACCACGUCGCCAUCUCACCUGAGGCAAAAGGAAGGAAGCUGAAGAGAGUCAUCGAACUGCUGCUCGAAGAUCCUCGACUGAAAAAUUCUGCUACCGAUUUCAAAGCCAUUCUGGUUAGCCGGAAGAAGCUCCCCGACGUUGAAGUGGAGGUUACAUAUCGCUCCGAGUUUGAGGAUGAUCCUAAACCCGAUGAUAAACCAUACCGUGUCAAUAUACAACUUACUGGCGAGAUGGAUAUUGAUGCUCUUGUGAACCACCUCCGAUCGGUCCAGCCAGACCCGAAUUUCCGCGCCGACAAGAGGAUGCAGGUAAUCCAGAGUUUAAAUAUCCUUCUAGGGCAUUAUGCGCAGUCGGAUCCUUUAACCACCACCAUUGCUAGCAACAAGCAUUUCUUGUUUGGCACCGAUCAGGCUGGGAUUAGACGUGCAGUGGAGUAUUAUGACCUUGGCAAAGGUCUCAGUGCGCUACGUGGUUACUUCCGAAGCGCUCGGCCGAGUACUGGCCGAAUUCUUGUCAACGUAAAUGUGAGCCAUGCGGUAUUUUUCAGGCCGGGGCCUCUGGUGGAGCUCAUCAAGAUCUUUGGCGCUGCAUACGGCACGAGCCUGUUCCAACUAGAGAGGUUUUUGAAGAAAGUUCGAGUGGAGACUACGCAUCUGCCAGUGAAGAAGAACAAAGCUGGGAAAAAAAUCCCAAAGGUCAAGACUAUCAUUGCUCUAGCAAGCCAGAACGACGGUGCAGGUUUACCUCACCCGCCAAGAGUCGCUAGAUUCGGCGCCAACGCAAAGCAAGUCGAGUUUUGGUUCGAAUCGACUGACAAGAAGAAGCCUGGGAAUGGGAGAUAUAUUACUGUUUUUGACUUUUUCAAGACACAGUACAAGAUGCAAUUGAACGAAAAUUACCCAGUCAUGAAUGUUGGUACCAGAGCAAACCCGAUGUACAUGCCUGUCGAUUGCUGCAUGGUUAUACCGGGGCAGACUUCCAUGAAAAAGCUCGACCCCGACCAGACCGCAGAGAUGAUUCGUUUUGCGUGCCGCAAACCGCAUUUAAACGCUGCGUCCAUCACUUCUGAUGGGUUGUCAGUACUUGGGUUCGACGCUAAUUCCAACUCUAAUCUAGGGUUGUUCGGAAUCAAUGUGAACACGAACAUGAUCACAGUUCCAGGCCGAAUUCUUCCCCCGCCGGUAGUAAAAUACCAAGGCAAAAAUACCGUAAACCCAAGAGGAGGGCAAUGGAACAUGAUGGGCGUCAAAUUUACUCAGGGCUCCAAAGUUCCGCCAUGGACGUAUUUGUGUAUUGAGAGGAAUGGGAGGAACAGCCCGAUCAAAGGAGAAGACCACAUUUCCUCCAUUAUGGCCGAGUUUCAGGGUAUGAUGAAUGCAUCUGGCCUUGCAGCGGCACCGCCCUUUAAAGGCAAACGUAUCGUGCUAGAUGCUGGCCAGAACGCACCAAGCAACGACGAGCUCAUCGACAAUAUGUUCAAAAUGGCGACUGGGAAAAUCGGGUUGAUGGUGGUUGUAUUACCUGACACGGACGCCGCCGUCUACAAUGCGGUUAAGUACGCUGCCGACAUCAAGUAUGGCAUCCAUACUGUCUGUGCUGUGGCCUCGAAGAUUGCAAAGGAACAAAGACGUGACCAGUAUCUGGCGAACAUAGCUCUGAAGGUCAACAGCAAGUUGCGUGGGGCAAACCAGACCCUGGAUACACAGAAGCUCGGGAUCAUAGCGGAAGGAAAGACAAUGGUGGUAGGAAUCGACGUCACACAUCCAUCUCCUGGGUCCCUGUCAACUGCGCCCAGCGUUGCCGCCAUUGUGGCAAGCAUAGACAGCACACUGAGCCAGUUCCCUUGCGAGCUCAGCGUCCAGGAGGGCCGGAAGGAGAUGGUGACCGAUCUCAGCGAGAUGAUGAGGUCCCGACUUCGGCUUUGGAGAGAAAAGAACAAGGCCUUGCCUGAGAAUAUUCUCGUCUAUAGAGACGGCGUUUCCGAAGGCCAGUAUCAGGUCCUGAAAGACGACGAGAUCCCGUCUCUACGCAAAGCCUGCGACGGAAUCUACACGGCUGAUCAGAGAAAUAAGGGGUUGCCAAAGCUUUCAGUUAUUGUUGUUGGAAAGCGCCACCACACGAGAUUCUACGCCACGAAGCAAGACGAAGCGGAUCGUUCUGGAAACCCGAACAACGGCACUGUCGUCGAUCGGGGUGUGACAAGCAUGUGGAACUGGGAUUUCUUCCUACAGGCCCACACCUGCCUCCAAGGGACGGCGAAGCCAGCCCACUACUACGUAGUCCUGGACGAGAUCUUCGGCAAGGGCAACCUGAAGAAACCUCAUCCUUUCCCUAACGCCGCCGAUACGCUUGAGGAUCUGACGCACAACAUGUGCUACCUCUUCACCCGCGCGACGAAGGCAGUUAGCAUCUGCCCGCCCGCGUACUACGCCGACCUAGCCUGCGAGCGUGCCCGAUGCUACCUGCAUAAGGAGUACGAGCCCUCGCAGUCAGGGGGUUCGAGUGUGGGUGGCGGCGCGCAGCCCAGUACAUUGGAAUCCGAUGUUAAGGUCAAUGAUAGACUCAAGGACUCGAUGUUUUACAUUUAAUUUCUAUUCAUGACUUCGAUGAUGAUUUUACGAUUUUCUGGGAACUUUGGGGGAUUUCUUUGACUUGGACCAAUUGGGAAUGGAGGCUCGAUUUAGCAGCGUUGGAUUUUGAAUCUUGCAACACGGAAUGCAUUCUUUGGGUGUGGUGGCGACUAGUUUCCGCAAGAAUCUGUGA